AUGGGCUCCGAAAACCCCUCCAAACCCCUCUGGACCACCCAGUCCGUCCUGGCAAGCCUCCCUCACCCCCCCGAGGAGAACUCCGCCUCUCCGAUUCCCUUUUUCCACCUCCUCGAACGUCUCAAGACCACCAAGCGUGAAGGAUGGCGCCGCUUCGGCAUUAACUCCGGCGAAUCCAUCUCCGACCACAUGUACCGCAUGUCGGUGAUGACCAUGCUCGCGCCGCCUACCCUGGCCUCCCGCCUCAACCUGCCCCACUGCAUGAAGAUGGCCCUGAUCCACGACAUGGCCGAAUCCCUCGUCGGCGACAUCACCCCCGUCGACCGGGUCGACAAGACCGAGAAGGCGCGUCGCGAGGCCGCCGUCAUGGACUACAUUGCCAACAACCUCUUGGGCGGUGUUCCCGGUGGCAUGUUGACCGGACAGGAGAUCCUGAAGGUGUUCAACGAGUACGAGGCCAACGAGACUCUGGAGGCACAGUUCGUCCACGACGUCGACAAGAUGGAGCUGCUGUUGCAGAUGGUGGAGUACGAGCGCGCCAACAACAUCGACCUCACGGAGUUCUGCCAUGUCGCGAACAAGGUGCAGUUGCCGGAGACGAAGGAAUGGGCGGCCACGGUGCUGCAGGAGCGCGAGAAAUUCUGGAAGAGCAAGGCGACGGCAUAA